AUGCCAACGAUAUUACCGUGUAGUGCAUCCAGAAACUUUAUGACUUCAGUGGUAUAUCGUGGAACAAGAAUUAUACAAGAUAUGGGGCCGUUUACACCACCGAGAAAGCUUACUUUUGAAGAAGUUGAGCAGCGAGUGAUGAAAGCAAUUCGAGCAUGGGAUCGGUUUCCAGAAGAAAAAAAAGAAACGUUGACAUUAGAUAGUGAUUUUGUUAAGGAUAUGGGUUUUGAUUCUUUGGAUCACGUUGAAAUUAUAAUGUCACUGGAGGAUGAGUUCGGUUUUGAGAUCUCAGAACUGGAAAGUGAGAAAUUAAAAACACCUCGCGAUAUUUUCAAAUAUAUCUGCGAACGUGAAGAUGUUUUUGAAUGA